CCAUCCCCACUAAGGGGGUGAGUAAGGUUUCGGGAUGAACUAAACAUGGCUGCCUCAACGUGGCUUUACAGAAGAGCGCUUGUUGGGUCUCGUGGUAUAUCAUCUCACAUCAAAAAGCUACCCAGUAAUUUUAAGGCAUUGAGAUUGUGUUCCUCUAGCUCUGGCGAUGAAUACCAAGACGACAAGCCAAGAUUUCCUGGCGCUCUCAACUCUUAUUAUACAGAAAAAUUGGAGUUUGAUGAUCCAGAUGACGGAGAAGCCAUCCCGGUCUAUCGUGUCAUGGAUCGAAAUGGAAAAGUCUUCAACGAAGCCCACGACCCAAAGCUCGACAAAGAAACAAUACAAGACAUGUACAAGAAGAUGACUCUCUUGAAUACCAUGGACCGUAUCCUCUACGAGUCACAAAGACAGGGAAGGAUAUCAUUUUACAUGACAAACUAUGGUGAAGAAGCAACACACUUUGGUAGUGCUGCAGCCCUUCUGCCUGAGGAUGUAGUCCUUGGUCAAUACCGUGAAGCUGGUGUCUUGAUGUGGAGGGGUUUCACAUUAGAUGACUUCAUGAAUCAAUGUUAUGCCAAUCAAAAUGACUUAGGAAAGGGCCGGCAGAUGCCUGUUCAUUAUGGGGAAAAGAACCUUAACUUUGUUACAAUUUCAUCCCCUCUGGCAACUCAGAUGCCACAAGCGUCGGGAUAUGGAUAUGCUGUAAAGCGUGCUGGUACUGGAAACUGUGUUAUUUGCUACUUUGGGGAAGGAGCGGCCAGUGAAGGAGACGCCCAUGCUGCCUUCAACUUUGCUGCAACACUUGAAGCUCCUGUCAUUUUCUUCUGCCGUAACAAUGGUUAUGCCAUAUCUACUCCAACAAGUGACCAGUACAGAGGCGAUGGAAUUGCUGGACGUGGCAGGGGUUAUGGAAUGAAAGCAAUUCGGGUGGAUGGUAACGAUGUCUUUGCUGUGUACAAUGUCACUAAAGCAGCUCGUAAAAUUGUAGUUGAGCAGUCACAACCCAUCAUGGUGGAAGCGAUGACUUACAGAAUUGGUCAUCAUAGCACUAGUGAUGACUCCUCUGUUUAUCGCUCCCUAAAAGAAGUCAAUUAUUACACUAGCGAUGACUCCUCUGUUUAUCGCUUUUCUAGACAUUACAUGGAAAACAAAGAGUGGUGGAAUAGUAAAAUGGAGGAAGAAUGGAAACGCGAGGCACGUCAACAGGUCAUGGCAGCAUUUUCAAGAGCCGAGAAGGCACUCAAACCUCCGGUCGAAGAGAUGUUCACUGAUGUAUAUGACACGCUACCCACACGUCUAAAGAAACAGUAUAAGGAAUGUAUGGACCAUGUAGCAAAAUAUCCCCAUGAGUACCCCACUGAACUUUAUCAGCCAGAUAAAUGAUACAAUAGGCUAAGGUGCAAUUUAAAAAUUUGAAUGGGUUUGAUGAAAAAGCUGCUAGGAAUAGAAUUAACACCUCCUAGGGCCAAUGGCAAAUAGUUGUGUGUGAAGGAAAUAAUUUAUAAUGGUCCUGCUUACAAAUUGAGUUCAAGGUCCAUUCUGUAAAUCACACCAAGCUUUUCCACUGGGAUUAAUGGCUUAAGAGAAAAUUGCAAGGGCCUUAAGCUAGUCCAUGAGGAAAAACAAGGCUCCAUAUCCUACAAUGCAGACUGAGAUAAUGAUGUUAGUUAGAUAUUUAUUUUAUCUCUGGGUUCAAAUAGAGGGGCAAGAUUUCAAUUCAAACAAACUUUUUAAUUUAGCAGGCUGUAUACUAAAAUAUGCCCUGCUAAAUUGACCAAUCCAAGUGCAUGUAGUCACUGAGGAAAAAAUAACAAAAAGGCUGGAAAUGAAGGACUGGUUCACUUGACAGUAUCAUUCUUAUUCAGUGGUUAUAGUUAUUUUAUCUUUCUCUCUCCAUCCUGCUUAUUUGCCACUUGGGCCUCUGAGGUGAUACUGUGGCUGUGUGUAUGUGUGUGUGUUUAUAUAAGUCCAAAUCUGCUGGGUCCGGCAGAUCAGUUAUAUUUGAUGCUUGCAGAAGGUGUGUUUGAAUGGACCCCUCACUGGGUAACAGCUAGGACACCUUUUUCGGUAUUUCACUUAGAAUUAUUCAAUUGGCAGGGCCUCUUUCCAGACUGAGGUAAGAAUUUAUUCUCUCUGGACAAUCAAAGGGUAUUUAAAAAUAAACUUAACAGGUUUUUUAUAGAAUGUGUUGUCAGGUACUGAGAACUUGGUUCUGAGUAUCUGAAUUAUUCUUGAAAGUAAGAGUAAACAAAUUUCCAUGCUGUAAUAACCUCUCAAUUACAGUCAGUAGGUUUUACAUGUUACAAAAUGACAUUAACGGUAUUUGAGAAAUUUGUUUUUAAGUUACUUCUAAUCAAAAUCACACAAGGUACUCCAUUGCAAAUGCAAAACCGGUUUCUUUGCUAAUUAUUGUAAGUGCGUUGUUCCUAUUACAGUCUCUUUUGAAGUAAAUCAUCCAAGACUAGAGGGUGAAAACUCCUUGUGUCGAUUCAACCAUCUAAUCACUAAGGUACACUGUAUUUUAAUGCUUUAAUCUCAAUACUUGUAUAUUUACUAGUAGUUGAUAAGAAAAAUUUGAAAUACAUCGAAUAAUCAAACCUGAGAGGAACUUAACUUUUUAUACUAUGGAAAUGUAGUUUUUUCCUAUGAGGUCUCAAGGUUGUGUUACAUUUUUUUAGGAAGAGUCUUGAACAUGCAUAGUUGAAAGCAUUACAGAAAAGUGGCCCAAAAUAAAUGUCAUUGAUUAAAACAAAUUCAUUCUGCAUUUUACCAUAUACAUGCACAUUGAAAGUAUUUAUCUAAAAUAAAAAGGAAAAAAUUGAAAUAAAGAAAAAAAAAA